AUGAAUAACAAUCCGACAACGUCUUGUUCAUCUUCUUCAUCAAAGCCUUUAAUUUGGAAACCUCCGGAAUAUCCUUUCCCAGAACAAACAAUCCGUCCUUCUCGUAAUUCUCAAGAGAUCAAUGUAGGUUCAGAUCCAGAAAUAUUUGCAGUACCGACAGAUGCAGAAAUGGCAAGUUUGACUGCAAAAGAAUGUCCUAUACUUAUCCGACCAAAAUCCGGACACACCUCUUCAUCCUCAACAACUCAUCGGAAACGAAAUACUCGGACAGCAUCCGUCUUGUAUUACACUUCUUUGGAACCAAAUUUCCCUUCUAAUUGUCCAUCCCGGGAAUUCAAUCAAAGUCGUAAACAAAUUUACCAAUCCAGGAGAUUUCCUCAAUGGGCAUGGAGGAUUCUGUCACGAUCCCUGGGUAUCAAAGUAAAUCCCGGGGACACUCCCAUCAUUGGAACAAUUCUUCACAUGGCCACAUUAAUGUUUGCUUUCAUGUUUAGUGUUACUGGAGCUUGGUACAUUGUCUUUGAUGUUCGCAGCAAUUAUACUCGUACAACUGUCCUUGUUGGAUUAGUUUCAAUUGUGAUUGGAUUUGGCUGGGUAUCAAUUGGUGUAUAUGCCAACAACCUUGCUGCUCGUCUGAUUAGCAAUAAGAAUUUUGGUGAAAAUGUGCGGAUGCAUUCUCGGACAAUUUUUAAAGUGAGCUCUGCUGGUCUACUAUUCAUCCUCUGCCUUGGUCUUGUCUCUGUCAAUAUCUACCACACGUACAUCCAGUUUAACAUGCACCCAUGUAAACAGAUCCGCAUUAAUAAUGCCAUUUGUCUUGUCAACAUGAUUGGCAAAACUGGGUUUGGUUUUCUGGCUUUAAUUUGGAAUUGUCUUGUGGGUUUCGUGCUUCUCUCAGUUUGCAGAACCCACACAAUUGGUAUUCGUCGCUUCAUACGGGAAUUGGAAGCAGAUGGGCAAAAUUAUGAACAGUACUGGAAAUCUCGGUCUUCUCUACCUGGAACCAAACAUAUUGAUAUUGACAACAUUCAAGCUGGGUCUGAAAGCAGUGAGCCCUAUGUGUGGUAUGAUGGUUACCAAUCAGAUGAUGAUUCCAGUUUUUAUGGUAGCCGAAAUUCCUCUAGUACACCCAAACUGUCCAUUCCUUGUCAAGAGGAAGACAUGACUGUCAAUAAUAAUGGUGCCGCAAAUUUAAGUCCAAACAACAAUGACAAACAAAAUGAGAUUAAUAUUGAACAGAUUACUUCUGUCCGCAAACGUUUGUCAAAUUCAGUUUCAUCAAAGGUUGAAGAGCCUCUGAUUAUGUCUAACAACGAUAUUCUUCUUUCUUAUUGGAAAAUAUCUUGGCGUAUGAGAGUAACUUCUCUCAACUUGCAACGUUGGUUAGCCAGUUGGAUUGUUUUCAUUGUUGUUUGGUGUGGAAACUACAUCAUUUUCUGGAUGUCCAAUAAAGCUACAUUGCCAGGAAUUGUGGAAUUCAUUCUUCCUUUACUAUUACUAUUGCUCAUUUCUUCAGCCUUUGCCGAAGCCAAUGCUGAGGGACAGAGGAUGAUCCGGUGCAUUUGUCCAACUGAAGAGAGGAUAUUUUUACUUCUUUUCCUCAACCAACAACCUCUGCAAAUGACUGUGUUCAAUUUUGCCCUGACUUACAAUGCAAUUGUUGGAGUCGUACUCGCUUUCUCUGUUGCCUUUGCAUCAAAAGUCAUCAUGGAUGAAGUUGUCAAGUGA